AUGGCUGCUGCAUCUUCUUCCUCGAGCGACAGCAGCUCAAGCAGAUCGACCUCGCCCGAGCCCGCAAACACCCAGAAGCAGGCCGUCAAGGCGGUCACCAAAACCAAGGACGAGGCCGAGGAUGAGUCGUCCGACUCCUCGGACUCUUCAGAUUCAUCCGACUCAGAUUCAGGCUCUGAUUCGGGUUCAGAGUCCGAAAGCGAGUCUGGAAGCUCCAGUGAAAUGGACACAAGUGAGGAUGCUACAGAGGAACAAUCACCAGCCAAGAAGAUUCACAUUCCCGGUCCGAACCAGCCAUACAAGCCACCAUUCGGGUUCAAGUCUGCAACGAAGCAAACUGCCCCGUCUUCGAACACCUCCUCCAUUCUUUCCAACCUGCGCGGCAAGCAAGUUUUUCACAUCACCGCACCGUCAUUCCUCCCGUUGUCUAAGGUCAAAGAGAUCACUAUGUCGAAGGUCUUGAAGGGUGAGCCGAUCCUGUCACACGAUGGUAAAAGCUACGGAAUCCCGGCCGGAUCUAUCAACGACAAUGAUCCCGAUGGUAAAACUUUGCUUGUGUAUGACGAGAGUACUCAAAGGUAUCGCAACACAGUCGACUCCAUCCAAAGCUUCCAUGUACAGGAGAUGAUUGGUCUGCCAGAGAAGGCUGCUCAAUCAACUGCCACCAUGAUUGAGAAAUUGCGGAGUACUGUGAAGCCGCCUCGCCCGCAACCAAAGGGCAUGAUGAUGCGCUUCCGGCCCGUCGGCAGCCUCCCCAGCGAACCAGAGACUCUUGGGGCCAGCUCUGAAUCCGAGUCCGAGGAGCCUCAAGUCAAGGCACCCGUUGGUGAGAAGGAGAAGGAGCGCAAGAGGAAGCAUCACCACACCGAGGGGGAUGCUUCUCAGGCUAGUGCUGAACCCCGAAAGAAGUCCAAGAAGCACACACAAGAGAACGGUGACGAUGCGGAGCGGAGUCAGAAGAAGUCGAAGAAGUCUCACAAAGACCGAGAGGAGAAGAAGCGGAAAAGGUCCGAGAAGGCAUAA